CUAAUGGCAACAUUGUGUAGGUCGCGGGUCGCCAUUGCGACGUCCAUAUUCGUUCCUAUUACUUUACGGACAUUCUGCAAACAUUUUUAAGAAAUUGACUUUUUAGUUAUUUUAAGUGGUUCUUGAACAAUUAGGACAUUGUGCAGUGUACUAAUGUGAUAUUUAUUUUAUAUCAUUGUGAUUAAAGACUUGUAUAAGUGCAUAAUAAACAAAAAAAUCGCGGCCAAUGUCAGCAGGCGUGUCAGAUCAGCGGAUGAAAGGGCAAGGGAAUCAAGUGACAAAUGCACCUAAAGAGCAUCAGUUAGAGAGUGGUGGUGACGAGUUGGCGGAGGUAUCAUGGCGUCACCAGCAGCAACCGUCGUACGCGCCACCCAUCUCGUCAGCGACAGACCCGUACAGCGCAGCAGGUUAUUACGGUACAACAGCAGUUCCUUAUCAAGCCUUCGGAGUUGGGGAUGGAACAUGGUCCACCAAUGGCACAGACCCAAUGACUUUUCUAGGAGGAUACAAUCCUCACGAUUCAUAUGGAAUGGACGGUAGUGUUUUUGGGCCUUCAACGACGCCUUUUUCAACCGCCGCAUUCGGACAACCGGCAUCAACAUUUAAUUAUUUCCCUGGAAAUGGUGAUUACUCCACUUGGGGACAAUUAGGUCGUGCGAAACAAUAUGACGAUUACUAUAGAGCCGAUGGACUUUACGUGCCAGAUGGCAUCAAAGCGGUGGAAACGGGCGUCCAGGCUCUAUCGCUUGGCGACCACAAGCACGACAAAGAUCGCGCCCCCGAACUUAAGGACGUAUCGAGUGGAUCGCAACCCAAAAAGAUGACAUGGGCGUCUAUAGCCAGCCAACCGGCAAAGCCGGCGCCAACCUCGCAGAGCGGCGGCCUAAAGAAGAAAGGCCCUGGCAUGCCGCCGCCGCCGAUAAUACCCGGCAAACAUAAUAUGGACAUAAGUACUUGGGACGCCGGGAAGAGUGCGCCAGUAGUGACCGCUCCGCCGCCCCCGCCGCUGCAGCCGCCGCCGGUGCCGGCGCCGCUGCCAAUGCCGCAGCCCGCGCCCGCCUCGGCGCCCAUGCAGCGCGGGCCGCCGCCGCAGCACCAGCCGCCGCCGGCCUGGGCGCAUGCCCCGCGCGCGCCGCCGCCGCUCCAACCGCGGCCCCCCAUGCCGGCUCCCCCAGCCCCGACUCUGCCUGUCCAACCGACCCCAGCUCCGGUUCCCCAUCCGGUGCUCGACGAGCUGCGCGUUAAAAAUGACUAUAAUCCUAAAGACUUUGAUCUUACCGCGCCGCUGGCUCGAUUUUUCGUCAUAAAAUCCUACUCGGAAGAUGAUAUUCAUCGCAGUAUCAAAUACGAAAUCUGGUGCAGUACUGAACACGGGAACAAACGUCUCGACUCGGCUUUUCGUGAUCGCGAAAGGGAAGGCGGCUGUGUCUAUCUGUUCUUCUCUGUUAAUGGUAGUGGACAUUUUUGUGGAAUGGCUCGUAUGACGAGUGCCGUAGAUUACAACUCCAAUUCUAAUGUGUGGUCUCAGGACAAGUGGAAAGGACAGUUUCGAGUUAGGUGGAUUUACGUCAAAGAUGUUCCUAAUGGGCAGCUUCGUCACAUUAAACUGGAGAAUAAUGAAAAUAAGCCAGUAACGAACUCGCGUGAUACGCAGGAGGUGCCGCACGCCAAGGGUCUGCAAGUGUUACGUAUAAUGCAUAGUUACUGUCAUUCUACGUCUAUCUUUGACGAUUUCAUCCACUACGAACGUCGUCAAGAGGAGGAAGAUUCGCGAAAAGUUCCGCAUCCGGCUCCUCAGGACAAUAAUCGCGAAGAGCACGAGGGAGCAGGCCGUGGAUACCGCAACUAUCGCGAUUUUCGCGACCACAGGGACGGGCGAGACGGGCGGGACGGUCGGGACCACCGGGACGGGAGAGAGCCGCGAGACCACCGCGACGGGCGCGAGCCACGCGACCCGCGGGACCCGCGUGAUCCACGCGACAUGCGUGAUUCACGCGACCAUAGAGAUGACAGAGAUGGCCGCGAUAAUCGUGAUCAUGGAUAUCGCGACCGCGACUCUAACUACAGGCCUCAUCAUAAGGAUCGCGAUGGUUCACGGGGACGUGGGCGACUUCGUAACUAAUUUUUUACGAUGUCGACGAGGACUGGCUUCUCUCCAUAGAAAACUAGAGCUCAAGUCAAUAUUGGUACCGCAUUGCAGCAUAUGUAUGUAUUUGUUGACAUACAUAGGUUGAGGAACCUAACAGCCAAUGACGUGAUUCGCGUUGUUACGUUGAAACUUGAACAAUUGCGUAAAAAUAGUAUAUAUCUUGAACAGUGAUUAAUUAACUAAAAACAUUCAACAAAUUUAAAAUGUGCUAAAUGAUAUUAUCUACUGGAAGAACAUUGCUAAAACAAAUGACUAGUGAACAGAACAUUAAUUGAUAGUCAUGUGUUGGUUUUCAUCAUACACAGAGAGUGUGGUAUUGUGGACAUUUUUUCAAAUUUGUGGACUGAAACAACAAAUAUAGUAAUUUUAUAACUAACUAGGAAAAUCUGUGGUGAGAGGAGUUGAUCCUCUUAGAGACUGGGUGAAGAAUAAAUUUAAAGUAAUAAAAAACAUCAAAAUGUACACUGAGUGUAGUGUUAAAAUCCAUAAUAAGUGUUUGAAAAAAAUGGAAAAUUCUAUUAAAUAUCAGUGGCUACUUGUAUACCUUUUAUAUUUACAUGUAAUUGUAUUCACAUGUGUGGACAUUUUAUAUACGGUUUUUAAAUCAACGAAAUUCUCUCGUACAUUGAAAUCAGUUUUAAUCAUAUUACCUUGAAUGUACUAUAAAUUUGUUCAUUGACAAUAUAAAUGAACUAAAAUUUCGACAAAACUGUUUUCACAUAUGUACAGAAGACUGUUUGUUGUUGUUUAAAUGUGUACAUAAUAAUUGUGUAUUUUAUAAAAAAUGACAAAAAUAUUUACUUCUAAGUGAAACAACAGUGUAACGAGAGAAGAUAUUGAGUGUAUAUUUUAAUUUUACUCUCCUUUUAUUUUUUUAAUUCCCCCACCUUAUUUUUAAAGUGCCUUUUCAUUUAUUAUGAAUUAAAGUUUUUCAAAUCAAUAUGAUUUGUGUUAUACGAGCCUCAUAA